AUGGCACCAAGGAAGAAGAAAGAGAAAGAUGACAAGGAGUCAGGGGAUAGUGGCUCGGCGCUUAUUCUGGAGUAUUUGAGGAAACAAAAUCGUCCUUAUUCUGCCCUUGAUGUCUCGACAAAUCUUCAUGGAAAAGUUACCAAAACAUACACCAUGAAGGCAUUGAAAGAGAUGCAUGAACGAAAGGAGAUUGAGGGUCGGGCAGCAGGCAAACAGAUGGUCUACCACGCCAUCCAGCAAGUCGAUGCCAACGAUACAACCGGCACCAAGGGCAGAGAUCCUAACCAACCCACCAAAGACUUCGAAGAAAAAAUCUCCGUCCUGAAGAUCCGCGAAAAGGACCUCCGCGAGAAGUUGGCUACUAUCAAUGCAGUCAUCCCCAUCCCCAUCCUUAAGGAUCAAAUCGCCAACCUUGAGGAGAAGAAGGCAUUGCUAGGUUCUCAGGUAUCGACCUUGUCGGCGGAGAUGCAGAAAUCGAGCGACUGCGUCUGCAAGGAGGAUUUUGAUCGGAUUGAUCUAGAAUGGAGAAAGUGGCAUAGUCAGGUCACCUCUCGUAAGAGGAUUUUCCUGGAGUUCUGGGUUAGGUGUACGGAGGUGUUGCCGCAGGAUAUGACGCCGGCGGACCUCAAGGAGACACUUGGUAUCGAGGGCAUUUUCUAG